ACGAGCAGCUCACUUAUUCUCCACCAUGUAGCUCGCACUAAUGAAGCCGCAUCAUUCUUCUCCCUCCAUUCCUUUUGAGCUCUUCUCCAACACCGUGGCCGCGAUGGGCUCGCCAGCGAGACGCCAGUGGCCCCUCAUCCUCACCUCCGCCUUCCUCGCCGUCUCGCUGAUCGCACCGCCUGCCUCGGCGCAAACCAACUGCACAGACCACAUGUUCUCCGGCGGCCGCGUCUACGCGGCGUGCAACGCGCUGGGGGAGCUGGGCGCCAGCGUGCACUGGACGCACCACGCGGCGAACGGGACCGCUGACAUCGCGUUCCGCGUGCCGGCGGGCACGGCGGGGUGGGCGGCGUGGGCCAUCAACCCGUCCGCGGUCGGCAUGCUCGGCGCCAACACCGUCUUCGCCUACCACGAGCCGGCGACCGGCUCGGUGCGCGUCCUCACGGCGGUCGUCGACAACUACGCCCCCGUGCUGGCGGACGGGAACCUCACCUUCCCCGUGCACGGCCGCGGCGCGGAGUACGUCGACGGCGUCUACGACGUCCACGCGACGGUCUCGUUGCCGGGGAACAGCACCCGGCAGAACAUCGUCUGGCAGGUCGGCUCGUCGUCCGCGGACGGCCUGCCGGAGAGCCACCAAGCGUUCGGGGACAACAUCAUGUCGUCCCGGAGCUGGGACUUCAGCUCCAGCGACGCGGCGGUCGCCGACGUCCCUGCUCCGAGGGACAGCGUCUACAGCACAUUGCUCCGACCCAAGAAUAUACACGGCGUGCUGAAUGCUGUGAGCUGGGGCGUGCUGCUCCCUCUCGGCGUCGUACUGGCGAGGUACAUGAGGGUGUUCCCGUCGCUCGAUCCGGCAUGGUUCUAUCUCCACGUUGCCUGCCAAUGCAGCGGCUACGUGAUCGGCGUCGCCGGGUGGAUCGUCGGCCUUACCCUUGGCAGCAAGGCAAAAGGUGCCCUGCGGUACCCUGGACAUCGCAACAUCGGCACCGCGCUCUUCGUCUUAUCAACGCUUCAGGCUUCGGCGCUGCUGAUUCGCCCGAAGAAGACCGUCAAAGUUCGCUUCUACUGGAACCUGUAUCACUGGUCCGUCGGCUACACAGUGGUCGUCAUGGGCGUCUUCAACGUCUUCAAUGGCAUCGGCAUCCUGCAACCUGACCCCAAGUACAAGCACACAUACAUUGGUGUUGUUCUGGUGCUAGCCAUGGUGGCCUUCGUCCUGGAGGUCCUGACGCUGACGGUCAGGUUCAAGAAGAACCGGCGGUAAUGGCUCCUGAGUAUGGUGCUUAAUUAGACUACAGUUAAGCUUAUAAUUUUUCUUGUUUGAGAGGGGCACUUAAACUUAUCUGGGACAGACAUUUGACCUAUCAUGACUGGGAGAAAAUAGUAUUUCUAGGCGUUUUGUAGAAUUGAGGAAGAUGGAAUGUUAUAUGUUCUUUUUGUACAAUAGUUUUGGUUCUUCUUGACAUUAUCUACUGCAAUUCUGUAAUACACCUGCAGUGUAGGCAUGCUUACACUUCGCACUGAAGUUUAUACAACAGCAGAAAG